AUCUUAUGUUCCGUGCUUAUCUUCGUCAAAAAUGGGAAGAAAUUGUGUUUUUUGAAAGUGGAAAGUGGGAUUCUGAUGAAGAUAAGAUUCGCCAUGAUCAUAAUAAAUUGGUACAGUUCUGUUUAGAUGGUUCUAAGGAGCUUGUAAAAAAAUGCACAAAAGAGGUCUUUCAUCAAAACUAUAUAGGAUUUGGUGUCAACAUUGCGGGUAAGUAUCUCGAGAUUCAUGGAUUGAUAAAAGAAAGUGGGAUAAAAUAUUAUCUACCGGUCGUUAAAGCAAAAAUACCCUUGGAUAACGAAUCAUUUGAGGAAGUGGAAGAAUUUGUUCACGCUCUAUUGAUUUUACGAAAUGGGGUUAUUGUAAAUUUGCAGAAUAUUGUAAAUAGUUUUCAAAAAAGAUCGAGGGAAGAGGAUAAUGUAGGCGCUUCUUCCCAUAGUACUGGAAGAUUAAACAAGAAAAAAAGCACAGAUUUCCAGAAA